AAACGAUAGAGUGAGGGAGGGAGAGAAAGAAAGAAAGGGAGGAAGCGAAGAGUGUAGUUUGGACCGAGCGUUUCGAGGUCUUUGAGAAAGCUGCACUCGAUUUAAAGGGAGUUUGUAUCACGGCGACCGACGACAGAUCUACCGGUAGUAGUUAGAGACCGAUUAAAGCGUCUGCAUCAUCUUAGCAGCCACCAUGACGGAUGCUGACAAGUUCCUGUAUGUGGACCGCAACAUGGUCAACAACCCUCUGGCCCAGGCCGACUGGGCCACCAAGAAGCUGGUGUGGGUGCCGUCAGAGCGGCUGGGCUUCGAGGCCGGCUCAGUGAAGGAGGAGCGGGGAGACGACUGCACCGUGGAGCUGGCCGACUCCGGGAAGAAGGUGAAGGUGAACAAGGACGACAUCCAGAAGAUGAACCCGCCCAAGUUCAGCAAGGUGGAGGACAUGGCCGAGCUCACCUGCCUGAACGAGGCGUCCGUGCUGCACAACCUGAAGGAGAGAUACUACUCAGGACUCAUCUACACGUACUCUGGGCUGUUCUGCGUGGUGAUCAACCCCUACAAGAACCUGCCUAUCUACUCUGAGGAGAUCGUGGAGAUGUACAAGGGCAAGAAGAGGCACGAGAUGCCCCCUCACAUCUACGCCAUCACCGACACGGCCUACAGGAGCAUGAUGCAGGACCGUGAAGAUCAGUCCAUCCUCUGCACGGGGGAGUCUGGAGCAGGGAAGACUGAGAACACAAAGAAGGUGAUCCAGUACCUAGCCCAUGUGGCCUCCUCCCACAAGACCAAGAAAGACCAGAACAGCUCGUUCCUGUCACAUGGGGAGCUGGAGAAGCAGUUGCUGCAGGCUAACCCCAUCCUGGAGGCUUUCGGGAACGCCAAGACCGUCAAGAACGACAACUCCUCUCGCUUUGGAAAGUUCAUCAGGAUCAACUUUGAUGUGAACGGAUACAUCGUUGGAGCCAAUAUUGAGACCUACCUGCUGGAGAAGUCUCGUGCCAUCAGACAGGCCAAAGACGAGAGGGCCUUCCACAUCUUCUACUACAUGCUGACUGGAGCUGGAGACAAGCUGCGCAAGGAGCUGUGUCUGGAGAGCUACAGCAGCUACCGCUUCAUGUCCAACGGGAACCUGACCAUCCCUGGCCAGCAGGACAAGGAUCUGUUCACUGAGACCACCGACGCCAUGACCAUCAUGGGAAUACCUGAGGAUGAGCAGAUAGGGAUGCUGAAGGUGGUGUCCUCGGUGCUCCAGCUGGGGAACAUGAGCUUCAAGAAGGAACGCCACUCUGACCAGGCCUCCAUGCCCGAUGACACAGCUGCCCAGAAGGUGUGCCACCUGAUGGGGAUGAGUGUGACAGACUUCACCCGGGCCAUCCUGUCCCCCAGGAUCAAGGUGGGUCGUGACUACGUCCAGAAGGCCCAGACGCAGGAGCAGGCGGAGUUUGCGGUGGAGGCGCUGGCCAAGGCCACGUACGAGAGGAUGUUCCGCUGGCUGGUCAUGAGGAUCAACAAGGCGCUGGACAAGACCAAGAGACAAGGAGCCUCCUUCAUCGGCAUCCUGGACAUCGCUGGCUUUGAGAUCUUCGAUCUGAACUCGUUUGAGCAGAUGUGCAUUAACUACACCAACGAGAAGCUCCAGCAGCUGUUCAACCACACCAUGUUCAUCCUGGAGCAGGAGGAGUACCAGCGGGAGGGCAUCGAGUGGAGCUUCAUCGACUUUGGUCUGGACCUGCAGCCCUGCAUCGACCUCAUCGAGAAACCUGCCAGCCCCCCAGGUAUCCUGGCUCUGCUGGAUGAGGAGUGCUGGUUCCCCAAGGCCACAGAUAAGAGCUUUGUGGAGAAGGUUCUCCAGGAACAGGGAACACACCCCAAGUUCCACAAGCCCAAGAAACUGAAGGACGAGGCUGACUUCUGCAUCCUGCACUACGCCGGGAAGGUGGACUACAAGGCUGAUGAGUGGCUGAUGAAGAACAUGGACCCUCUGAACGACAACGUGGCCACGCUGCUCAACCAAUCAACAGACAAGUUUGUUUCUGAGCUCUGGAAGGACGUGGACCGUAUCGUGGGUCUGGACAAGGUGGCGGGCAUGUCGGAGAUGCCGGGAGCGUUUAAGACUCGUAAGGGCAUGUUCCGCACGGUGGGCCAGCUGUACAAGGAGCAGCUGUCCAAGCUGAUGGCCACGCUCAGGAACACCAACCCCAACUUCGUCCGCUGCAUCAUCCCCAACCACGAGAAGAAGGCUGGGAAGCUGGAACCCUACCUGGUGCUGGACCAGCUGAGGUGUAACGGGGUUCUGGAGGGCAUCAGGAUCUGCAGGCAGGGCUUCCCCAAUCGCAUCGUGUUCCAGGAGUUCAGACAGAGGUAUGAGAUCCUGACCCCUAACUCCAUCCCCAAAGGCUUCAUGGACGGCAAGCAGGCCUGCGUGCUCAUGAUCAAAACCCUGGAGCUGGACCCCAACCUGUACCGGAUCGGCCAGAGCAAGGUGUUCUUCCGGGCCGGAGUCCUGGCUCACCUGGAGGAGGAGCGGGACAUGAAGAUCACCGACGUCAUCAUCAGCUUCCAGGCCUGGUGCCGAGGAUACGUGGCCCGCAAGGCGUUUACUAAGAGGCAGCAGCAGCUGACAGCCAUGAAGGUGAUCCAGAGGAACUGUGCUGCCUACCUCAAACUCAGGAACUGGCAGUGGUGGAGGCUGUUCACCAAGGUGAAGCCCCUGCUGCAGGUGAGCAGGCAGGAGGAGGAGAUGCAGGCUAAGGACGAGGAGCUGAUGAAGGUGAAGGAGAAGCAGAUGUACGUGGAGGAGCAGAUGCAGGAGAUGCAGAACAAGCAGCAGCAGCUGAGCGUGGAGAAGCAGGCCCUGCAGGAGCAGCUGCAGGCGGAGACCGAGCUGUGCGCGGAGGCGGAGGAGAUGAGGGCGCGGCUGUCUGCUAAGAAGCAGGAGCUGGAGGAGAUCCUGCACGACCUGGAGGCCCGGGUGGAGGAGGAGGAGGAGCGUGCCACGCACCUGCAGGCAGAGAAGAAGAAGAUGCAGCAGAACAUCACCGACCUGGAGCAGCAGCUGGAUGAGGAGGAGGCAGCGCGUCAGAGGCUGCAGCUGGAGAAGGUAACCAUGGAGGCCAAGAUGAAGAAGGUGGAGGAGGACGUCAUGGUGCUGGACGACCAGAACAACAAGCUGAUGAAGGAGAAGAAGCUGAUGGACGAGAGGAUCUCUGAGUUCACCACCAACCUGGCAGAGGAGGAGGAGAAGAGCAAGAGUCUGCAGAAGUUAAAGAACAAACACGAGGCCAUGAUCACCGACCUGGAGGACCGUCUGCGGCGGGAGGAGAAGCAGCGGCAGGAGCUGGAGAAGAACCGGCGCAAGCUGGAGGGAGACUCCACAGAGCUGACCGACCAGAUCUCAGAGCUGCAGGCCCAGAUAGCAGAGCUGCGCGCACAGCUGGCCAAGAAGGAGGAGGAACUGCAGGCUGCGCUCGCCAGGAUGGAGGAGGAGGCGGCCCAGAAGAACCUGGCCCAGAAGAAGAUCCGGGAGCUGGAGGCUCAGCUGUCCGAGCUGCAGGAGGACCUGGAGCUGGAGCGGGCAGCGCGCUCCAAGGCUGAGAAGCACCGCAGGGACCUGGGAGAAGAGCUGGAGGCUCUGAAGACUGAGCUGGAGGACACGCUGGACUCCACCGCCGCGCAGCAGGAGCUCAGGACCAAGAGGGAGACAGAGGUGACUCAGCUGAAGAAGGCGCUGGAGGAUGAGGUCAGAGUUCAUGAGCAGCAGGUCCAGGAGAUGAGACAGAAACAUGGCCAGGCCUUCGACGAGCUCAACGAACAGCUGGAGCAGGCCAAGAGGAACAAGGUGUCUGUGGAGAAGACGAAGCAGGCCUUGGAGAGCGAGCGGAACGAGCUGGCCAUCGAGAUGCAGGGGCUCCUGCAGGGGAAGGGAGACUCCGAGCAGCGCAGGAAGAAGGCAGAGUCACAGGUCACUGAGCUGCAGGUCAAACAUGCUGAGAGCGAGAGGCAGCGGGCAGAGCUGGCCGACAGAGUCGCCAAGAUGCAGGCUGAGCUGGAGAACGUGAACGGGCUUCUGUGCGAGGUGGAGGGCAAGUCCAUCAAGGCCAGCAAGGACUGCUCUACUGUCGAGUCCCAGCUCCAGGAUGUCCAGGAGCUGCUGGGGGAGGAGACGCGGCAGAAGCUGUCCCUGGGGACCCGUCUGCGCCAGCUGGAGGAGGAGCAGGGCGUGUUGAGGGAGCAGAUGGAGGAGGAGGAGGAGGCCAAGAGGAACGUGGAGAGACAGCUGCUGACCGUGCAGGCCCAGCUGGUUGACAUGAAGAAGAAGGCAGAGCUGGAGGCGGGAUGCCUGGAGAGUGCUGAGGAGGGCAGGAAGCGUGUGCAGAGGGACCUGGAGGGCGUGGCCCAGCGCCUGGAGGAGAGGAACGCAGCCUUUGAGAAGCUGGACAAGACCAAGACCCGCCUCCAGCAGGAGCUGGACGAUCUGCUGGUGGACCAGGACCACCUGAGACAGAUCGUGUCCAACCUGGAGAAGAAGCAGAAGAAGUUUGAUCAGAUGCUGGCGGAGGAGAAGAGCGUGUCGGCCCGCUAUGCGGAGGAGCGCGACCGUGCGGAGGCUGAGGCGAGGGAGAAGGACACACGGGCGCUGGCCCUGGCCCGCCAGCUGGACAGCCUGAUGGAGGUGAAGGAGGAGCUGGACCGCUCCAACAAGCUGCUCCGUGCAGAAAUGGAGGACCUAGUCUCCUCCAAGGACGACGUGGGCAAGAACGUCCACGAGCUGGAGAAGUCGAAGCGGGGCAUGGAGCAGCAGCUGGAGGAGAUGCGGGUGCAGCUGGAGGAGCUGGAGGACGAGCUGCAGGCCACGGAGGACGCCAAGCUGCGCCUGGAGGUCAACAUGCAGGCCAUGAAGGCCCAGUACGACCGCGACCUGGCCGGACGCGACGAGAUGGGGGAGGAGAAGAAGAGACAGCUGGUCAAACAGGUGCGGGAGAUGGAGAUGGAGCUGGAGGACGAGAGGAAGCAGCGGUCGGUUGCCAUGGCGGCGCGUAAGAAGCUGGAGCUGGAUCUGAAGGAGCUGGAGGCGGCCAUCGACAUGGCCAACAAGAACAGAGACGAAGCCCUGAAACAGCUGAAGAAGCUGCAGGCCCAGAUGAAGGAACUCCUGAGAGAGCUGGAGGACACCAGGCAGUCCCGGGACGAGAUUCUGGCCCAGGCCAAAGAGAACGAGAAGAAGAUUAAGAGUAUGGAGGCAGACAUGAUCCAGAUGCAAGAGGAGCUGGCAGCAGCAGAGCGUGUGAAAAGACAGGCGCAGCAGGAGAGAGACGAGCUGCAGGAUGAGAUCAACAACCAGGCCAGCAAGAACUCUCUGAUAGCGGAGGAGAAGAGGAGGCUUGAGGCUCGUAUCGCCCAGCUGGAGGAGGAGCUGGAGGAGGAGCAGUGCAACACUGAGCUGGUCAACGAUAGGCUGAAGAGAGCCAUGCUGCAGACUGACCAGAUGAACGUGGAGCUGACAGCAGAGCGCAGUACCUCCCAGCGCCUGGAGGGGGCGCGCUCUCAGCUGGAGCGCCAGAACAAGGAGCUGAAGCUGAAGCUGGGAGAGCUGGAGGGCACCAUCAAGAGCAAGUACAAGGCCUCUAUCUCCGCCCUGGAGGCCAAGAUCGCCCAGCUGGAGGAACAGCUGGACAUGGAGACCAAGGAGAGGCAGCAGGCCUCCAAGCUGGUGCGCCGUACAGAGAAGAAGCUGAAGGAGGUGAUCCUGCAGGUGGACGACGAGAGACGCAACACCGAACAAUACAAGGACCAGUCAGACAAGCUGAACUCACGUAUGAAGCAGCUUAAGAGGCAGCUGGAGGAGGCAGAGGAGGAGGCCCAGAGAGCCAAUGCCAACCGCAGGAAGCUGCAGCGGGAGCUGGAGGACGCCACCGAGUCUGCCGACGCCAUGAACCGAGAAGUCAGCACCCUGAAGAGCAAGCUCAGGCGUGGGGACCUCCCCUUCACCAUGCGUCGCAUCGUAAGCCGUGCAGGCAUCGAGAGCGAUGAGGAGAGCGAGCCCAAGAGCGACACCCCCGAGCCCAAGCCUGAGUGAUCACAGCCUGCCCCUGCUGGCCGGAGGACCAAACUACAGCAG